GUGAAAAAGUUCGAGAGAAGAGAGAGGUAUGAAAAAGUUAGAGAGAGAGGUGUGAAAAAGUUAGAGAGAGAGAGAGGGCGAGGCGUGAGGGCGGAAGAAAGCAUUGCUUCGACACGCGGUGUACGGCGGGUCCAUCGGCAAAAGGCUAUAAAAACCCUAACCCUAAUUUCAGACCCACCCAAGCCUGACCUGCACAUUUUCAUAUCUGCCCUUUCAUUUACGCCGGACCUAACAGGGAGAUUCCGCUCCUUUUAAUUCCUUCCCUUUAAAUCCGUCACUUCUCAAUCCCACCCCCAAAUCCAUACAGGCCCCUUUCUCUCUCUAAAUCUCGUCUUAUUUCUCAUACCCUCUCGCCUCUCUCUCUCCUUGAUUGCUCUGGAAAUCGCUUCGCUCCUCUUUCUCUCUCUUGAAAUGGAAAGGAAGAGGCCUAGCCCUGAAGACACAGAGGACACGGCUGAAACCAAGCGUUUCAAGCAGAGCCUCUUAACCAUACUCGAUGAUGAACUCGAUUCCAAUGACCGGAAUCCAGCUGAUUCCGACGAGCUUGUAAACGUCGUAAUGAGGAGUUUGAAAGAUGAGAUUGGCUUCCCGGCGUCGGACUCCGGCAGGGUUGCCGGAAUAUCAGGAGAUUCCGGUAGCGACGUGCCGGAGCUGGGGUUCCUUCUGGAAGCUUCUGAUGACGAGCUAGGAUUGCCUCCUACGCUUGAUCCUAACUGCGAUGAAAAUAAUAGUACUGAAGACAGUGUGAAUGAGAUUAAUCUGGCAUCAUCAUCAUCAGUGUACGGUGAGGAUUUGUUGGUGUUGGAGAAUGGAGGGGAGAGAUCUGGUUUGGGUUGGGUUGGUUUCGAGGAGGAGAUUAGGGGCUAUGAUUUGCAUGAUUUUGGUUUUAGUGAGGAGGGCCUCAGAGGAAAUAAUGGGAAAGAAGGGGAUGAUGGGGUUUUAUUCGGUGGCCUUUUUGAUUAUUCGGACGAAAUUUCGGAUGAUCAAAUGGGGUUUUGGCUGAGGCACGAAUCUUUGCCUGCUUUAUGAUUUAUUAGAAAACCAACAAGAAAAUGAAGUUGCAAAUAUCAGUUUGUAAAAUGUGGAGAGAACAACGAGAAAGGGUGAAAAUAUACGGAAAAUGUUCUUUUAUACAGUUUGUUUUUUCGAUUUAACUGGUUUGUACCUGAUAUUUUUUCGAUUAAACUAGUUCUGUGCUGCUUUUUUGUUUUUU